AGCGGUCGGUCUCCGGCGGCUGCAGCAGGGAGGGGGCUGAGGCGGCUGCGGACUCGGGGGCGCCCCCCUCCCGGCCGGGGGGAGCGGCGCGCGCAGCAGUGUAACAAGUCUAUUUCUGGAUUGAAAUCUUUCCUGCAGUCCUCGUAAACCCUCUACAAACCUGCACGUGCUAGAGAGCUGAGAAAUGAAGCCAAAUAGUCUGGUUUCACUGUCUGAGCUGAUAGAAGAGACCAUCUUCCAGCCAAUCAGGAUUGUUCACUACAAGCAGUGACCUAAGACUUUUUGGAGGGCAGCACGCCUAGAGAUACACGCCGCCCUCCAUCACGCACACUCCUCCAGCACCAUGUCAGGAAACUACACCCCCUCUUCUGGGGGCCCCUUCUCGGCUCUCACCCCCAGUAUCUGGCCACAGGAGAUCCUGGCAAAGUAUACCCAGAAAGAAGAGUUGGUGGAGCAGCCGGAAUUCCGGUAUGAUGAAUUUGGCUUCCGAGUGGAUAAGGAAGAUGGCGCUGAGCCGAACUCCAGCAAGCUGCUGGGGAUUCCACUGACGGAGGAGCCACAGCAGAGGCUGAAGUGGCAGGCCCACCUGGAAUUCACGCACAACCACGACGUGGGGGACCUCACCUGGGACAAAAUCGAAGUCACGCUGCCGGGUUCGGACAAGCUGCGCUCACUGGUGCUGGCUGGCAUCCCACACAGCAUGAGGCCUCAGCUGUGGAUGCGUCUCUCUGGGGCCUUGCAGAAGAAGAGGAAUUCAGAGAUGUCCUAUCGAGAUAUUGUGAAAAACAGCUCCAAUGACGAAACUAUCUCUGCCAAACAGAUCGAGAAGGACCUGCUCCGCACCAUGCCCAGCAACGCCUGCUUUUCCAACAUGAACAGCAUCGGGGUGCCACGACUGCGCAGGAUACUCCGGGGACUAGCCUGGCUUUACCCAGAGAUCGGAUACUGCCAAGGCACCGGCAUGGUGGCGGCUUCCCUGUUGCUCUUCUUGGAGGAGGAAGACGCCUUCUGGAUGAUGUGUGCCAUCAUCGAGGACCUGGUACCUGCCUCCUACUUCAGCACCACGCUGAUGGGAGUGCAGACCGACCAGCGCGUCCUACGCCACCUCAUCGUGCAGUACCUGCCACGGCUGGACAAGCUCCUGCAAGAGCAUGACAUUGAGCUGUCCCUGAUCACCCUGCACUGGUUCCUCACGUGCUUCGCUAGCGUUGUGCAUAUCAAACUGCUGCUGCGCAUAUGGGACCUCUUCUUCUACCAGGGUUCGCUGGUGCUCUUCCAGGUCACACUGGGCCUGCUCAGUAUGAAGGAAGAUGAGCUAAUCCAGUCGGAGAAUUCUGCCUCCAUCUUCAACACUCUCUCGGACAUCCCGUCUCAGAUCGAGGAUGCGGAGGUGCUGCUGCAGGAGGCCAUGCGCGUCGCUGGCUCACUGACAGACAUGGCAGUGGAGACCCAGCGCCGCAAGCACCUGGCUUACCUCAUUGCUGACCAAGGGCAACUGCUCAACCCCAGCGCCGCUGUCAAUAAUCUAUCCAAGAUUGUGCGGCGCAGGACCCAGCGCAGGAAAUCUGGCAUCACCUCAUUGCUUUUCGGUGAGGAUGAUUUGGAGGCACUGAAGGCCAAGAACAUCAAGCAGACGGAGCUGGUGGCUGACCUUCGUGAGGCGAUCCUGCAGGUGGCACGGCACUUUCAGUGCGUGGAUCCAAAGAACUGUAGCAUUGACCUAACUCCGGAUUACACCAUGGAGAGCCACCAGCGGGACCAUGAAAACUACGUGGCAUGUUCCCAGAACCGCCGGCGCCGAGCCAAGGCACUGCUGGAUUUCGAGCGCCAUGAUGACGAUGAGCUGGGCUUCCGCAAGAACGACAUCAUCACAAUCAUAUCCCAAAAGGAUGAGCACUGUUGGGUGGGGGAGCUGAAUGGACUGAGAGGUUGGUUUCCUGCAAAAUUUGUGGAGGUCUUGGAUGAACGGAGUAAAGAGUACUCUGUUGCUGGCGACGACUCGGUCACAGAGGGGGUGACAGACUUGGUCCGAGGGACGCUCUGUCCAGCACUGAAGUCUAUAUUUGAGCAUGGGUUAAAGAAGCCGUCCCUGCUGGGGGGGCCCUGCCACCCCUGGCUGUUUAUCGAAGAGGCUGCUGGACGGGAGGUGGAACGAGACUUCGACUCGGUGUACUCCCGCCUCGUGCUCUGUAAGACUUACAGGCUGGAUGAAGAUGGAAAAGUUCUAACUCCAGAGGAACUGCUUUACCGGGCAGUGCAGUCCGUGAACAUGACGCACGACGCUGCGCACGCUCAGAUGGACGUGAAGCUUCGCUCCCUCAUCUGCAUUGGACUCAAUGAGCAGGUCCUGCACCUGUGGCUGGAGGUGCUGUGCUCGAGCCUGCAGACAGUGGAGAAAUGGUUCCACCCCUGGUCCUUCCUGCGCAGUCCUGGCUGGGUGCAGAUCAAGUGUGAGCUCAGGGUCCUCUCCAGAUUUGCAUUCAGUCUCUCUCAGGACUGGGAACUUCCUAUUAAGAGAGAGGAGAAGGAGAAGAAGCCGCUGAAGGAAGGAGUGCAGGACAUGCUGGUGAAGCACCAUCUCUUCAGCUGGGACAUAGAUGGCUGACCCCGCCCACUGCGGACCUUCUAGACUGCCACACUCAACACACACUCUCCUCCCCCUGCCCCCCCCCCCCAACCCGUGGCUGCUCUCAGCCCAGCUGAAGCAACAGCCUCUCCAGCUCAGCUAGGCACUUCCCCCUAGGCACUGGGUGGCUGGA